AUUACUUAUGUGUGCUUCGGUGUUUGUUAGACCGCAGACGGUUCCGCCCUUCUCCGCGAAGUUCUGAUUUGGUCAAACUCAAAAGUGUGCUCCGGCGAAAGAUGGAUCUCUGGCUCCUCGUCCUCGUCACCCUCUCCGUCGCCGCCCUCCUCAGAGCCACCGUCAACCUCCUCUCCUCCGCCGCCGCCGAGAGGGGGAAGAGCCUCCCGCCGGGCCCGCUCACCUUCCCGGUCAUCGGCAACUUCCUAUGGCUCCGCAAGUCCUUCUCGGAGCUCGAGCCCGUCCUCCGUUCCCUCCACGCCCGCCACGGCCCGAUGGUCACCCUCCACAUCGGCUCCCACCCCGCCGUCUUCGUCUCCUCCCGGGCACUCGCCCACCAGGCCCUCGUCCACCGCGGCGCCGUCUUCGCCGACCGCCCGCCGCCCCUGGCCACCAUGCGCGUCAUGUCCGCAAACCAGCACAACAUCAGCUCCUCCUCCUACGGCCCCACCUGGCGCCUCCUCCGCCGGAAGCUGACGGCGGAGAUCCUCCAUCCCUCCCGCCUCCGCUCCUACUCCCGCGCCCGCGCGUGGGUCCUCGACAUUCUCGUGGGGGAGCUCAAGUCCCAGCCUGGCGGUGUCGUCCUGGUCGUCAACCACUUCCAGUACGCCAUGUUCUGCUUGCUGGUCCUCAUGUGCUUCGGAGACAGGCUCGAAGAGAAGCAGAUUAAGCAAAUCGAGGAGGCUCAGCGAAAAUCGCUGCUGGAUCUGCCGUUGUUCAACGUGCUCAAUUUCUGGCCGCGGCUGACCAAGCUCGUGCUCCGGAAGCGGUGGAAGGAGUUCUACGAGCUCUACGAGAAUCGGAAGCGCGUCCUCGUCCCGCUCAUCAGAGCUCGAUCCAAGGCCAAGCGAGAGCAGCUCAGCAAAGCCAAGGAGGACGGGAAUGACGGCGACGGCGAUUGGAUCUUAUCGUACGUGGACACGCUCCUGGACCUGGAGCUGCCGGAGGAGAAGAGGAAGCUGGAGGAGGACGAGAUAAUGAGCCUCUGCAAUGAGUUCCUCAACGCCGGUACUGACACGACGUCCACGGCGCUGCAGUGGAUCAUGGCGAACCUGGUCAAGUACCCAGAAAUCCAAGAGAGGCUCUACGAUCAAAUCAAAUCGGUCGUGGGACAAGGGGCGGAGCAGGUGAAGGAGGAGGACCUGCAGAGGCUGGACUACCUGAAGGCGGUGGUGCUGGAGGGGCUGCGCCGCCACCCGCCGGGACACUUCUUGCUGCCGCACGCGGUGACGGAAGACGCGGAGCUGGGCGGGCACGUGAUCCCCAAGGACGGGACCAUCAAGCCCGAGAGGUUCUUGAAUUGCGGCCGCGGCGGCGACGGAGGAGAAGCCGGCGAGUUCGACAUCACGGGGAGCAGGGAGAUAAAGAUGAUGCCGUUUGGGGCAGGGAGGAGGAUCUGUCCCGCAUCCGGGCUCGCGAUGCUGCACCUGGAGUACUUCGUGGCGAACUUGGUGUGGCUGUUCCGAUGGCGGACGGUGGCCGGCGAGGAGGUGGACCUGUCGGAGAAGCAGGAGUUCACCAUAGUGAUGAAGAACCCUUUGAGGGCUGAGAUUUGUCCCAGGAAUUUGGGCACCUGAAAUUUGGGAGAAUGUCUGUAUGUAAUUGGACUUGGCAGGCGAACCUCCGAGGUGUUUGCGAAAAUUCCUGCACGAAGGCAUGCUUUCCAAGUUAAAUUCUCUCUUUGUUAGUAGCGUUGGUCCUCUCCUAUUCUUUUGUUAAAAAUGAAAUUAACUGACUUGUAAAAGAAAUAGCAUCCGAUUGAGUCUUCUGCCCCCAUUCAUCUUCUGGGAAUUGUAAUAAUAAGUACUGUCAAAAAUAAAAACUA